CCUACAGUGUCGUGGGCAGCCGUCCUAUAAACUAAUGAUACAAAUACAGUUUCCACACUUGAGAAUAAUAUUCCUGUCAGAUCACACUAUGGAGGUUUUACUGUUUGUGUUUUACAUUCUUGCUCUAGGACAUGGAUCAGAAACAAAUAUUGCUUUAUACAAGACAGCGCGUCAGUCGUCUAUUUUCGGAGUUGAUGUUGCUUCUAGGGCCGUUGAUGGGGACACAAACUCUAAUUAUCAGUUUGGCAGCUGUAUGCAUACGAAACCUGGAUACGGCCUAUGGUGGGAAGUGGAUCUGUUCGGAUUCUUCGAGAUAGACCGAGUGGUCGUGUUCAACAGAGGGGAUUGUUGUUCCGACAGAUUAAAGAAUUUCACCAUCUAUGUGUUUGUGAACGACCCUCAUAAGUUCGUGAACGAGAAACCACUUUUCUGCGGCGAUCAUCCUGGAGCAGCUGGUAUCUCUGUCACCAUCACCUGUCAGACUGGUGUACGGGGACGUUUUCUCAGGAUAACUCACUACAACAGGGGCUACGCUCUAACCAUGUGUGAAGUACAAGUGUACGGAGAUGCAGCACCUAAACCAAGUGUUAUAUUUGAACCUCAGUCAGACAUCAGUUGGACAGCAUCCUACCCAGUUGACAGGUCCUACAUGUACCAGUGUAAUUGCAAGUGCUUCAGAACCGACACGUGUCUUGCUUUCGACUACAACAUCCAGUCUCACGAGUGUCAAAUGGUCGACACUAACACAUACACCCCUAAAGGAGAACCUUGGGUGUAUUAUGGCAUCAAGAAAUUUAUCAGUACGUCUGUGUGUAAUUAGGUUACCUUCUCUGUGUUAGGCAAAAAACAAAAAGUCCGUUUCUAGUCAAACCAAAGUUCCACAAUUGAUGCGACGAUGCAGGUUUUUUUGGGGUAUUUAAAGCAUGGAUUGCACAGAAAAGGUGGGUAGGUCUAUAUUUAGGCGAGGGGUUUGUUUUACGUCCUCCUCAUCUGCAAUGGUGCCCCCUCCUUUGCCUUGGUACUCUAAAUAUUUUCCUUUACAUUUUUCAUAUAGCCAUGGACAUUUUGAUGACAUCGAUUUUGGCCUCAAAUGUUUCUAAAACAAGCCAUGCUACUCAUUCAGAACAACAGGACCUGUUUUAGAGAGACAUUAAAGAUCGCUAAUGGCCCAAGCCAGCAUGUAAACCAUUUUGGCUCCAUGUGCGCUUUUGCUUCAUAGCAAGAAAAGCCCGGCAAAAAUCAACAGAAUUUUUUUUUUUUAAAUGGACGCGGCAAGGGUCAAAAUCGCCGCGCGCGCUGACCAAAUACCAGGCAUUUAUUGUGUUUGGCCGUACUUCUGAUGCUUGCUGACAACACUCUGUGGAUAACAAUUUGCUGUAUUUUUUAUUGUCUCUAAAAUGGUUCACCGGAACCGGAAUUCUUGUGAAAAUAACGUACCAGAAUUUCAUGUCUUUAAGCCAAUACGGAAAAUGCCACCUUUGAGAAGAUAAAGUGUUAUCUAAAAUUGGUCCAGGCCUUAAAUUAAGAAGUUGAAUAAAACAAAAACAUUAUACUGUAAUAAAGACAAAGGGUGCAAGUUGGGAUACCAACGGAAUAUGUAAUUAUCGGUCCCUGACAAACUUAGUCAACUGUUUCAAUAUCGGAAGAGAGGCAGUUAUUAAUUAUAUUUCUAACUGAGAUGGGGCAAUGCAUACAUGCAUUCUGGUCGUCCCAUAGUCGACUAAUGGGAUGAGGGGGUGCUUCCGACACCUAUCAAUAUAGCUGUUUGUGUAAUGCUAUUUUAAAUGAUGUGUAAUGUCUGCUUAAAUUUGCGAAAUGAAUGCCGGUACAUUAGUACCUACAAUUUUUUUUUUUUUUUUUUUUUUUUUAAUUAAUAACUGUUUAUUUUUUCUUGACCAUUCCCUUGUUGACAAAUAUCAACCCAUGCAAAGGGAGAAGACAUGGGUUGUUACAGUAAUGUUAUAUAUAAUUUAUACACACAUAAUGUAGUUACUACUUUAUAGGCAGACUUAAUUAAAAUAAUAUAUUCACAAGGACCUGGAUUUUAACAAGUAUCUAGAGUAAAUGAAA